UCUCCCUCCGUGCCAUUGGCCUCGCCCGUGACAAGUCAGCUUUCCCUCAGAAAAACCACGUCAGGCUCUUCUUGUGUAUCCAGCCGGUAACUGGGGAAACCCCAAUAGUCUGGCAUAUGGGGUGCUGUCAGAAGAUUCACAUUUGACUAGCAUCAACAGAAAAAAAAAAAUCCAUGGAUGGAUUAAAAGGUACUGCUGUAAGCAAAUGAAAGCUUGUGAUUUUCAUGAAUUGAGAUACCGAAGAGUAGGAUUCUUGCUAUACCACCAUGUCUGGUUGACAGUUGACUCUGUGUGCAUUAUUCCAGAAACAUUUCUUAUGUGACCAAAUAACCAUGUUGGAAUAAAACUACAUUUGGUUAAAAAGAUGUGUUUGUAGGUUUUCUACUCUACCAUCAUAUGUGAGGAACUGUCAUAAAAAAAUUCCAACCAAACAACCCUACAGCUUAAAUUGAACUGGAAGUAAAUUCUCUGAAGACGGAUGUUAAUAACUCAGUUUCUUCUGUUGUAAGGAAGAAUACAUUUGAAAUGAAACAGGAUAUUGCUGGAAGUAGAGUGAAAUACAAUUGCAUUUCUAGGAUGUUAGACUUACUUUUCUACUGAACUUCAAGUAUUGAAAAGCUGGAUUGGCUCCUGAAUUUCAUUUGUGGCGUUCCUACCUCUGCAGAAUUGCCUAUUGCAGCAACUUCUGUUGACAACAUUCCCAAAACAUGUAGCCAGGUGUCCGCAUUUUAGUGAACACUUGUAGCUGUAGUUGAGUCUCUUUUUUGAAAUUACAGUAUUGCAUAAACUUGGGGGAAAAAAAAGAAAGGCUCUUUUUAUGGUGUAAGGUGGGCUUAUUUUUAAUAAGCUAGGAAAAGCUAAUAACUUCUUGGUUAGUAUGAUAUUAUGUAAAUGAAUGAAACAUAAUUCUAAAUUAGCUGCUCAUGUUUCACUGACCUCUUGGUUCUUAUUAAAUAUAACUUAUCAGUAAAAUCCUGAAACCUUCCAUUUCAUGAAAUAAUCACUUAAUAAAUUAUUUCCAUGAUAAACCAGCAUGUAAAAUAUUGCCUUUCUAGCCAAGUUUUGAACUCAUUUUAAAUAGCCAUGGUAUUUUUAGUCAUUUAGUUGAAAUUGUAAUUUUCUGGGAGGUUAAAUGAUCUUCUAACCCUUCUGUGAAGGUUUUCCAUAAGCAUCUAUUUCACAUGGAUUAAAAUGAGUUACGGAAUAGUGAAUUCACAUUUGGCUGUUUAAUUAGCAGUAAUAAAUGAAGAUAAGUCUGUUCAAUAAUUAAACUUAAAUUGAACUUCACUGUGAUUCUGCAUCUGCUACAUGUUUCCAAGUAUCAGAAUCAGAAAUUAAGCCCUAUUGUAAAUAACUUAUUUUUCUAUGCAAGUUUGACACAAUAAAUAACUCUCUUUUUAUACAUUUAAUAUUAAGGCUUUAAGUAGCAAAGUGGUAUUUUUACCAGUUAAAUUAUGAAAUACUCCUUUGAAUCUUUGGUAUUUUUAAUUCUUAAGAAAAAACCAAAUAUAAUUUUUGGCAUUUACUAAUAUUUAGCGUUGUGUUUGUUGCAUAAACCAUAUUGUUUAAAGUCAAACUUAUAAAGCAAUCUAAAAUGUCAAAAAGACCUCAAAUUCAUAUUUUUGUGGGAGCACCCAGUAUUCUAAGCCCAUUGGAGGUGUCAGAGCAAAGUAGUUCAGGCCCUGCAGCUGAAAAAUGGAGAGAACUCCGGUAUUCGUGUGACCUACAUAGUCUUUUUUCUGAAAAAGUCAAAGGUGCUGACCAUGGAGUGUUUCAGGCAGAAAGCUCUAUAGUCAGAGCAGCUCCUCUAAGUGGUGACAGCUCUCAGCAGUCUCAACGGGAGAGACUGAUGGUAGCAAAAGAAUGUUUGACACCUUUUGUACCUGUGGCAGUAACUUGUAGUACCACACCUAAAAAGACUGAAAGCUUAAUUUAUUCUGAUUGUCAAAUAUCUAAAGAUAGAUGCACACAUGCAAAUGUAAAUCAGGCUGCAGAUGGACACCCUCCUCAAAAAUUUGCAAAAUCAUCUAGGCAGGAUAAACAAUCACAUGGUGGCUGUUCAAACCUCACUGAAGGAAAAGCCAGUCAUUUAGAAGUUAACAGCUCUGACAUUUCUGAUUUGGUUGCUGGUACUAAGCAGAUUAGCAUACAUCUAAGAUCUGCGGGACAAAGUGUUCAGUCAAAUCACAGAAGUGAUCACCAUGAAGAUCUAAGUCAAUAUCUGGAUAUGUUUUUCCCACAAAAUCAAGACUCAAAACCGAAAGGAGAACCACGUGAUUGCUCAGGCCUUGCAGUGUCAACUGAUACUGAAUUUCGUAGUAUAAUGACUUCAAGUCAGAUGGCUGUUUUUGCACAAGAUCGAAAUGAGCUGCAGAAUAGAAUCAUAAAACUAUCAGAAACAGAAGGUGGCAAAAAACCUGAGGAAAGUCAACAUGAUCACUCGCAAUUUGAUUCUAAUGUUGGAAGGUGUCUUGAUGUGGCUGAAAAAGAAUAUAUAAGUUCCCUUGAACUUUUCAGUCCUGAGGAUGAUGGGAAAAAUAUUUGCUUUGGAGCCGUAAAACAAGAAGGAAGUGUUCAGGACAAUACAGAGAAGUCUCAAGAACUUAAUGUUCCUGCUGAGCAAUUUGUAAAUGCAAUCCAUAUUGAACCAUUGAGCUCAGGAAUACUCUGCUCUCAAGUAGACAGCUCUCAUAAGAGCUCUUCUAAAAGAGCACGCAAGUGUGAAGAUUCCUCUCAUAUUUAUCCCUCAGUAUUUAAAAGACAGCCGAAAUCAAAGAGAACUAAACUAAAUUCUUCUCCAGCUGGAAUAAGAGUGGAUCAAGAGAGAGUGUCACAGUUCAAGAAACUUCAAAAGGAACUAUCAGCACUUAAGAACUGCUGCUGCAAAAAUCAAAAGUACAAUGUUUUGGUCACAAUAGUACAUCCUUGUCAUAUCAAAGAAGUACAGGUGAAGACUAGACCAAAAUCUUCCUGUAAAGUUCCUGUAGCAACAAUAGUUGUUAUGGACCAGUCGGAAAUUGAGAGAAAGGUGGUGCUGUGGCGUGGUGCUGCGUUUUGGUCACUCACUGUGUUUCCUGGGGAUAUUGUACUGUUUACAGAUAUAAUAAUGUAUGAGAAUCUUUGGUGUGGAGAAAUCAUGCUGCAAUCUACAUUUACCAGUCAGUUACUGAAUCUAGGGAACUGCUCAGCUCUCAAUCCAGAAGAAUUUUAUUCUGUAGUGGAUGCUGGUGUUCUCCAUGGUUUAUUGGCAUACAUAUCAUCAGAAUUUCCGCACUUCAGAGAUGUUCCUCGAAGACAAGUUCAGAGACUGGAUAGCAUUCAGUAUAUGCAGCUUGACCAGCUCCAGCCGAACACAUUGGUUCACUCAAUCUUGAAAAUUGUCAACAUUACUGUAUUGACAGAAUCUGUGUAUAGCUACAGAGGUGGCAACCAAAGAAAAAUUGUUCUAACAGUAGAACAGAACAAAGAUCAACACUAUAGGAUGGUGCUGUGGGGAGCAGGGGCUGCCUGGUGCCCUCAACUUCAAAGGAAAAAAGAUCACAUAUGGGACUUCAAAUACCUUCUGGUCCAACAUAGUUCUGUCUCAGGUGACUUUGAACUGCACACAACUCCAUGGUCGUCCUAUGAGUGCUUGUUUGAUGAUGACAAAAGGGCAAUUGAAUUUAAAGAAAAGUUUCAGAAAAGCAAAACGUCCCUCAUGCAGGUGACAAAGCUCUCAGCACAUUUGGAGGAAAAAUGCUCAGGAGUGGUUCAAUUGAAAGCCCAUAUCUUAGAACUGAAGUUUACCAUUUCAACUGGUCAAUACAAGCAACUCAUCUUCUGUGCUGACACUUCACUGGAGUGUGUUCUGGCUUCUCUGCCUAUGAUUACAUAUUCAGGUUGUGCUAAAUGUGGUUUGGAGCUACAGACAGAUGAGAAUAUGAUCUACAAACAAUGUAUUAGAUGUUUGCCAUACAACAAAGUAAAAAAAUUCUACAGACCUGCUUUGAUGACAGUGGAAGAUGGAGGAUACGAAAUUUCUGUUCAUGUGGUAUCUGAGUUGAUGGAAAAAAUCUUCCUCAAUAUUCCUGCAGAUUGGCUGAACAGAUUCGUAGUGCCCUCUUCGGAUAUAACCUACAGCACAAUAGUGGCAGAUCUGUGUCAUUUGCUGCUAGCAGAUACGGAAGCAUCCUAUUUGUUGGAAAUUAGGAGCCAUUUUGUGCUAGAUGAAAACAGCUAUCCUUUGCAAAAGGAUUUCCAUCUGCUAAAUUUUCAUCCUGAUCUUUGAAGCAUUGACCUCUGCAAUAACUGAGUAACAGAGACAUAGAAACACACAGAUGGCCAACAGAAGAAAAAUGAAUUACCUCAAGGAAGGAAAUGUAUUUUUAAAAAUAAGAAAGAAUGUUGGUUUUAACUUAUACAAAAAACUCAAAAGGACUGGUAUGGAAUAUCUACUAAUAGUAUAUACUGCUGUUGUAAUACUGAUAAAUUGGUAUAAAGUGUAUUUUUAUACAUAUGUUUUUAUCUUAAUAAACUUUUACUGGGUACCUGUUU